CCGUCUUCUUCCUGAUUGCCCCCCUUCUCAACUUCCCACCAUCUCCUCUCCCUCUGUGCUGGUCUACCAUCUGACCUAGACAGGCAUGGCUCCUCUCGCAUCUUCCUCGUCCUCGCCAGCAAUGCCCCAGGUGGACCGCUUGGCCCCGCUCACGCUCGACUUUUUGGUGAUCGGUGGAGGAAUUGGGGGCCUCGCCAUCGCCUAUGUGCUCUCCAAGGCAGGGCACCGCGUCAGGGUGCUCGAAAAACACGGUCGGGAUGUCCCUGGAGGCGGACAUCGAGUUCCUCCGAACAUGAGCAAGAUAUUGCGACAGUGGAUAUCGGAAGAAGAGCUGCGCGCGGUCUCCACGCGAUGUGUCGGGACGCCCUUUCACCAUCUACGAACGGGCGAGCUCGUCGGCUACCUCCACUGGAAGCCGGCCGUUAUGGCCGAAACCGGGGGUGACUUCCUCAUGAUGCAUCACGACGACAUCGUCGGCAUCCUCUACAAACUCGCUACGGGCGCGGGCGCGACGGUCGACUACCACACCGAGGUCACAUCAAUACAACAAGGGUCGGAUGAGAUUCCGAACCCGAGCGUGACGCUCGCGAACGGUGAUGUGCUCACGGCAGACAUGCUUGUGGGCGCGGACGGCUACCAAAGUAUCGUCCGUGAGGUUGUGCUCGAAGAGGAGGACAAUGUGAAGCCGGGCGGCCUGACUCUGUACACCGGCGUCGUUGACGCGGAGGAGAUGCUCAAGGACCCGGAGCUCCGGCCGUACGCGCUAUCGGACGAGUGGGCCAUCUGGAUGGGAUCACACCGAAGUAUCUGUGGACACCCCGUGCGCGCCAAGAAAGAGUAUUUCUUCCACGUGUACUCGUGGUUCAACAAGGAUGGUCAGGACCAGGAGGGCGAGGAGAACUGGGAGGACCUCAUCCCCACCGAGAAGCUGAACAUUGAGGGACAUGGACCCCAAGUACAGCGGCUCAUAAAGUUCGCCCCGCAUGUCAUCCGCACGCGAUUCAUGACGCGCCCAGACGGGAUCGACGACUGGGUUGACGCGACUGGGCGAAUCGUUCUGCUAGGCGACGCUGCACACCCCUCCUUCCCCGGCGGCUCGCACCCAGCAGCGAUGGCGAUCGAAGACGCGGUCGUGCUCGGCUCGCUCUUCUCACACCUGCGCACGUUCGACCAGAUCGGCUCGUUCACCUCGGCGUACCAAGAGCUGCGACAGCGGCGCUGUGAGCUGGUGAAGCUCGCGGACAUCGCGAACGCGCAGAUGGUCUCGAUGCCAGAUGGCCCGAAUGCGGACGCGCGCGACGAAGACAUGCGGCGGCGCAAGGACGAGUGGGACGAGGGUACCCUGAAGGCGCAGUUCGAGGAGAUCGCCGAGAUCUUCCUGUACGACGCGGGCGACGCGGCAGAAGAGUGGUGGGUGAACUGGGGCCGCUUCAGUGAGGUCGCGCGCGAGCAGCCGCACAAUAUCGUCAACUUCAGCAACUUCGCGACCGUCACGGUCUCGGAGGACUGAGCGGCCGGCGCGCGCCGCUAGCGUCCGCGCUGGCAGCCCUGUAUAUGACCCUGGACCAGUCUCCCGCAUUACGACCCACAUGAACCCCACGCCAUGAUCGUCCAUCUCCUCUGCUCGCUAUCGCCCUGCUCUGCUCACGGAUCGCCACGCACAGCAACACCAUUUAUUACGUCUCCCGUAGACAUUAUGUCAGAUUUAUGUUUACUCGUCCCUUUCCACUUCCCAUGCUGCCAUAUACUUCCUUAUUUCUGGAUCCAUAUCUACGGCUCGACGCUGCCCUCCAUCUACGCCGCCUAAUACUGCAAUUCAGUCGUUGCCAUACCCGCCGUCCUAGUCGUACAUGCUCCCGGACCCGGAAUACUAACCGU